CCCUACAGUACUAAGUGCAGCCUUAGAGGAGGAGCGGCGCACGAGUGGGAAAAGGGAACUGGUGUGUGGAUGCUGUCAUAGUGACUGAGGCGAAGGCUUCAUGUGAAGCAAGCAAGCAGCAUCUCCUCUCACCGGGAGCAGACGCUCAUUUGUGCCUGCCCGUGUCGCCUCGGUGCCCCCAGGCGACACACGCCCCUCUCGCUCGGUCGUUCCACUCCUCCACCUCUCAAAGGCGUUUUACAGCACACACGUGGAUCUCAUUUAGAACGAGAGGAGGGGGGUCAAAGUGGAUCUUUUUUGAAGGGAGGAAGCCACGCAUUACUAAAGUUUGAAGAAGGAGAAGAAGCCUGCUUUGUGACAUGAGGAGGUCGUGUGUCCAUUUUGGAGACAUCCUUCCCGACAUGUAUGAAGGGGAUCGGUCAUGCAGCUCCACGUCUGCCUCUUGCUCGUCGUCGUCACAACAACAGUUCAGGAAGAUUCUAGGAAUUCCACAGAGGAGCACGCCACCCCCUUCUUACAUUCUGACAGAGAUUUCCAAAGUCCGUCUCAAGCCGGGUUCGAGUACACAACAACACAAGUACCCCACGGAGGGUCUGGAACAGAGUCUGGUACCACCCCACCCCUUAUUGCAUCUGGGAACUCUGAUAGUGAAGCUCUCCAGCUUCCUGAGGAAGUGGGGAACAAUGGAGCGGAAACAUCUGUCACCCACUUUCCGGAGACGAUGGUGCUGACCCGAAACACCGAAACAAAUCCGGGAAUGCUAGAAGGGACGCGUGGGUCUCACACCUCUGGGCGGUUUGCUUUUCCAACUGUGACGUCUUCCCCGGGCAAUGGGACAUUGUCAGCGACCCCUGCUGUUAGCACAGGGACAGUGUAUCACCAGAAACUUGAUCGGACAUCUCCAAGUGUGAUGCGAGCAUUCAGAAAACUCACUUCAAACUGGUCCCAAACAGAUUUUCCACAAAGUUCACGAAUAACCACACGCCCCCUGGAUGCCACUAAGGAACCCCCAACGAUCCCUGGUUCUACUUGGACCAACAGAGAUAAAAUUGUGGUGUCUAAUGGUGUCCACAACUCAUCAGGGUUGGAGGACAACACAGGACUGCCAAAACUCGCAUUCCCCACAAGUGCCAUGACAGUGUACGGAAGGGUCAUAAAUUUAGACGGAACAGAAGAUGGACUGAGAACACCUGGAUACAAUCCCCAAAUGGAGGUCCUCAGGUUGGGGGGCUCUGAAUUUGGGACAAGAAUGCCUGAUCACUCACCUCACGUGAGCACCACGUUGGCCUCUGGAGAGGUUCCAGACUCGUCUGGUUUUAAGGACCAUAUGGAAACAUCCCAAUACACCUUAGGGUUUUCUGAGGCCGGGACAGGAACUCCAGGACAAGCGCCCCGUUCAGGUACCAUUUUGUCACCCGGAGGGGUUCAGAACUCAUCAAAAGACAGGUUAGAAACUUCUGGACACCUGCACCACGUGAUCGCUGUCACUGCAUACGAAGGUUUCCUGACCAUAGGGAACUCUCAGGACGGGGCGGAAACAGUGGGACAUUCCCCCCAUACAAGCACCCAGGUUGGGGUUCUUACCAUUGGUAUCUCGGGGGACAGGACAGAGACACCUGGACACUCAAACCACAUGAGCACCAUGUCUGCGCCUGAAAUAGUUCCAAACUCGUCUGGCUCUAAAGAUAAUACAGGAACAUUUCAAUACACGCCCCAGGUGGGGGUACUGAACUUAGGGGGUUCCCAGGAUGGGACAUCAACGCUAGGACACUCAGCCCACUUGAAAACUGUGACGGUAUCUGGAAGUGUACAUGGUUUUGCAGACUACCAGAAUACUGACGACACUCACAACACUGCACCCACACCAACAACUGUAAAGAAGCUGCUUUUCGUGUCCCCGUCAAUUCUGAAUGUUGCAGCCCGAGGUCGUACACCUGCUGCCCCACCCUUGAUCAUACAAAAAAUGCCAAAAACUGAGGAAAAUGGCAGCACCGCAUCAACCAAGCAGCCAAGUUCAGACUCCUUAUCUGCUUCAACCUCAUUGAAUUCUGUGACUACCGGCAUACCCAAAGUUUAUGUUGUGUCAGACGAGCCUGCCACCGUUAGAGUGGAAUCCAUCGAGUUGCUGCUACAGAUCAUCUUGAGCGAGUCCAGGUCUGCUUCAGGUCCCCUCCUGGAAGAGGACACUAGUGCCUGGGUGGAACCUUAUCUGCAGAGGGCACCAGGAUUCAGUAGGAUGUUGGGAGUGUGGGGCAGUGGUCGUGCUGUGCAGAUGCUGCUGGAGUUCCAGAGCAAGGGUGCCUUGCUAUGGCUCUCCGCCUCAGAUGCCUCAACGUUUCUCCACCGAACAGGACUAGACAGGGCUGCACGCCAGGGAAGAAGCUUCAGAGGCUCCAGGGUUGUCAACAUAACACUGGGAGGUGUCCAGGCGGACAUAUGCGAUUGGUUGCUUGGGUGUCCGGCAGGCUUCCGCUGCAUUUCCCAGCCCACCCAUAACUACAGCUGCUCCUCCGUCUGCCACUUUGACCUCUGCCGCCAUCAUGGCAUCUGCACACACCACCCGGGAGAACUUCCUGUUUGUCGCUGUCUGGUAGGCGAGGACUUCUGGUUCAUGGGUUCGAGGUGUGACGUUCGGAUGACACGGACUCGUCUGGUGUGUACGUGCGUAUCCAUCCUGGCGCUGGUCGUGGCCCUGAUUGGCUCGCUGGCGUUCGUCGCAGUCAGGCGCUACAGAGCAGCAAUAAUCCAGGCUAAAGUGGACCAGACCCGGAGCAGCUACCGCCGAUUCAACCAUUUCGAUGAGCUGUCAUCUCGCUUCUGGUUGCGCUCUGCGUCGGCGGGUUCGGGAGACUCCAUGGACAACCCUGCGUUUACACGCUCCGACGAGCUCCUGCACAUGCGAGCUCUUGACCGACCCUGUUGCUACCAUGAUGACACCCUGUCGCUCGCUUCCGCCUCUUCCGCCUGCACAGGCCGCGCCACACGCCUCAACACAAUCUACCCCGACAGUUCCCAGUACGGUUGGCACGGGAGCGAGCUGAGCCUGGGCGAUGGCGGCGUGCUAGACUCGGGCAAGGCCAGUGACCUGUCUGUGUGCAGUUGGCCUGUGGAGCCCAUCCACUGGACGCCCUUCCCACUCCUGCGACAGCUGGCCACCGCCCCCCACUCCGCACACCCCACUCGGGUUUCCAGGCCUCGCUCGUACUGCGAGGGCAUGGAAUUGGUGGACAUGAACCGCAGCUGGACCGCAUGAUUCGGACACUUGUCGACAAAUAAACUUUUAUUGAAGGGUGUGCAUGUAGGAGCAACGGGUAAUUCAUUAAACAAAUAAUGUGACUGCAUUGUUUGUGUAGAUAACUUUAUUGUAUCACACCGGAUAGUGUCCAUAGCAUAUGUAUACAGUGAAUCUGCAAAUUAUUCUCACCACUUCACUUGCUAAAUUACAGCUUUAUUCCAAAAUGGAUUGAAGUUAUCUUUUUCCAAAAAAGAUCCUGACCAUACCAUCCAAUAGUCAAGAUAGAAAAAGAAAUCUUGCAUUUUUCCAAUUUAUUAUAAAGAGUUAACAAACGGAAAGUAUUCACAUUGUUACACCAUGCCUUAUGAGCCCGUGAAGUUGAAAGGAAAAAUUACCUACAAACGUUCAAAUAAAGGUUAGAGUGUUGAAAAAAAUCUUUAGUCAUGAUUGCAACAAUUCUAAGAUAGCCGCAAUGCUUUCGGUGUGAAGGGCGUUAUGAAGCUGGAGCUUGACUAGAGAAUGCUCUUGGUGUGAGCAUGUGUGUAUGUGUAUGUUUUCACCAACUGACUCACACAGUUACUUUUUUUUUCUUAUGCUUCUGAGCACAUGAGUGUUAUCAUGCACACGGUGAUUGUGAAAAUUCUGAAUCACUGGUGAAAGGACAUUUCAAAUGUCUUCAUGUAGCAAUCACAUUGUAGGAAUUGAAAAGAUUUUGUUCGUUAUUCUUAUAGUUCUACAUUGAUGUCACGUGCUCAAUAGCAUGUAGUGUAAUGAUAAAGUGGUAUGAAAAAAUAUCUGAACCUUUUGGAAUUUCCUACAUUUCUGCAUAAAAUCACCAUCAAAUAAAUGUGAGC